AUGUUCUUGACUGAUAGCCUUCCAAAGGCAUCAUCAGUGUAUGAGCCAAUUCUUGACACUGGAUAUGUGCCAGAUAUGCUGCUUCGUAUGGGCAUUCGCUCUCUUCUUGCAAAACGCUCAGCAUCGCUAACCUAUCCAACAGCAUCUGCAGCAGAUCAAACCAAAGCUGCCUAUAUCAAACUUCUUAAAGAUCGAGAGUCUAUUGCUAUUCAUACCAAAGAGGCAAAUGAACAGCACUAUGAACUUCCAACAGAAUUUUUCCAGCUUUGUCUCGGUGAAAGGCUCAAGUAUUCCUCGUGCUUGUUUGAAGAAGGAGCCAAGAGCCUGGAAGAUGCUGAAAAGGCCAUGCUAGAUCUGUACUGUGUACGGUCGGGUGUAAAAGACGGUAUGCGGAUCUUGGAUCUAGGAUGUGGUUGGGGCUCCUUGACUCUGUAUUUAGCAAAUAAAUAUCCCAAAUCUAGCGUUGUGGGGCUUUCCAACUCUGCUUCACAGCGGGACUAUAUUCUUGAUCAAGCAAAACAACGCAGCUUGACUAAUGUCACGAUCCACACUGCAGACAUUGUCGAGUUUGAAAUGGAUGCCGAAUUUGAUCGCAUUUUUUCAAUUGAAAUGUUUGAGCAUAUGAAAAACUAUCAGACUUUGCUUGCAAAAGUAUCCAAAUGGCUUGAACCGAUCAAUGGAAAACUCUUUAUACAUGUUUUUGCUCAUAAAUCCAUGCCCUAUGAUUUCAAAACCGAUGAGGAUAAUUCAUGGAUGGCCAAGUUCUUUUUUACUGGAGGAACCAUGCCGAGUCAAGAUUUGUUUAUGUGGUUUCAACGCGACCUGCAUGUUGUAGAUCGUUGGACAAUUAAUGGGCAGAAUUAUGGGAAAACCAGCCAGGAGUGGCUUCAGCGCAUGGAUCACAAUAAGCAAAAAAUAAUACCUAUUUUUGAAAGCGUGUAUGGGAGUAAAGAGCAAGCCUAUGUUUGGUUUCACCGAUGGCGUCUGUUUUACCUCUCCGUUGCAGAAACGUUCAAUUACAAUGAUGGCGAAGAGUGGUUUGUUGUCAACUACCUGCUUGAACGCAAGUAA